CAAUACCAUGGAGUAGUCUAAACGCCGCCGUGAUUUCUUCCUCCGAAGUCCGACCUCGCACGCGGGUAGCAACCUCUGCCAUUGUCAGUGCCUCCCAAGAAUUCCUCCUCCUUUGCAUCGAACGCCUAUUCUGAGCUGAUUCUGAGCACCAUUAUCCUUUUGAAUACGAAUACGAAUACUAGGAUGACGGUGGUUUUGAUUCGACGUCCUCAAAAUUGGAUUUUUCUUCUUCUUUGUCCACUCUUCUCUAAGCCUCAAGCGCCUCGAGAAGAGUCCCAGUCCGAAGGGGGUUUAUAGAUUAGAGAAGAAAGGAUCUGUUUAUCAGCUUAUAUUCGCUUUGGAGUGAAUGAUGAUGCUCCUGCUAAGAAGAACAACAGGAAUAAAGCUAUAUCAUUUUGAUUUCAACUUCAUAUGGAGCAACAACCUUAUUAUCACUUGUUCUUCUUUCAAAAACUUUUCUUUCUCUUCGUCAAAUGGAUUUCCACCAUCGUCUUCUGAAUCACAUGGAAAAGUUGCCUUUUUCCAAAAGCAUAACAAUGGUGAAAAUGAAAGUGAAAACGAAAAUGGAAUUUUAAGGAAAGUUGAUGGAGUGAGACAUGGUGGUACACAAUUAGUUGAUGAAAUGUGCUGUGUCUUCGAGGGCUGUCCUCCUUGGGGACCCGCCCUUGAGAAUGCUCUCUUAACUUCUUGUUGCGGACAAAAACUUCAACCCGAAGAAGUUAUUGGAGUCUUGAGGAGGCUCAAGGAUGUGAAUUCAGCACUCAACUUUCUCCGCUGGUCCCAGCCACAUACCAAUCAACCACACUGUCCGGAAGUAUACAAUUCACUUCUCAUGCUCAUGGCUAGGACUAGGAACUUUGAUUGCUUGGAUCAGAUUUUCGAACAGAUGAGUACAGCUGGAAUCGGCCCAUCUAAUACCGCUUCUCUUGACUUAGUUGUGACCUGUAUCAAGUCACAGAAAUUGAGACAAGCUUUUGAUGUAAUACAGACCAUGAGAAAGUUCAAAUUCCGUCCUGCCUUUUCCGCUUAUACGUCUCUCAUUGGAGCUCUAUCUGCUGUCCCUGAAUUCAAUCUCAUGCUCACCCUCUUUCAUCAAAUGCAGGAUCUUGGUUAUGAAGUAAGCGUUCAUUUGUUUACCACUCUCAUUCGCGUGGUUGCUAGAGAUGGCAGGGUUGAUGCUGCCUUGUCCCUGUUGGAUGAGAUGAAGAGCAACUUUCUCAGCGCAGAUGUCGUUCUUUACAAUGUUUGCAUAGACUGCUUUGGUAAGGCUGGUAAGGUGGAUAUGGCGUGGAAAUUCUUUCAUGAAAUGAAAGCGCAUGGAAUAACUCCUGAUGAAGUUACAUAUACCAGCAUGAUAGGAGUUCUCUGCAAGGCGGAGAGGUUAGACGAAGCUGUGGAGCUUUUUGAGCAAAUGGAUCUUAACAGGACAGCACCUUGUGCAUAUGCCUAUAAUACCAUGAUUAUGGGCUAUGGCUUAGCUGGUAAGUUCGAUGAAGCUUACAGCUUACUUGAGAGGCAAAAAAGAAAGGGGUGCAUUCCUAGUGUGGUUGCUUAUAAUGGAAUUCUUACCUGCCUUGGGAAAAAGGGAAGAGUGGAGGAAGCAUUAAGGAUCUUCGAAGAGAUGAAGAAAGAUGCUGUUCCUAAUUUUCCAACUUAUAACAUUCUAAUAGACAUGCUUUGCAAGGAAGGAAAUUUGGAGGAUGCUCUGCGGGUUAGGGAUGCCAUGGAAAAAGCUGGCAUGUAUCCAAAUGUUAGGACCGUAAACAUAAUGAUUGAUCGACUCUGUAAAGCUCAAAAGCUUGAUGAAGCUUGUUCUAUAUUUGAAGGCAUGGAUCAUAAAGUUUGCCAACCUGAUGAAGUUACAUUUUGUUCUCUUAUAGAGGGAUUGGGCAGACAUGGUCAGGUGGAUCGUGCAUACAGGCUUUACGAAAUGAUGUUGGAUUCUGAUAAGAUUCCAAAUGCUGUUGUAUAUACAUCCCUCAUUAGGAACUUUUUCAAGUGGGGCAGGAAGGAGGAUGGUCACAAGAUAUACAAAGAAAUGGUGAAUAAGGGUUGUUCUCCUGAUCUGACUCUCCUUAAUACCUAUAUGGACUGUGUUUUCAAAGCUGGUGAAACUGAGAAAGGUAGAGCUUUAUUCAAGGAAAUUAAGAAUCAAGGAUACAAUCCUGAUGUACGGAGUUAUUCAAUCCUUAUUCAUGGCCUUAUAAAAGCAGGUUUUGCAAACGAAACCUAUAAACUGUUCUAUGAAAUGAAAGAGCAAGGCUGUGUUUUGGACACCCGUGCUUACAACACUGUUAUUGAUGGCUUCUGUAAGUGUGGUAAGGUGAAUAAAGCAUACCAACUGCUGGAAGAAAUGAAGACAAAGGGUCACCAACCCACUGUUGUUACUUAUGGGUCCGUUAUUGAUGGGCUUGCCAAGAUUGACAGGCUUGAUGAAGCUUACAUGCUCUUCGAAGAAGCAAAGAAAAGAGGAGUCGAACUGAAUGUGGUUAUCUAUAGUAGUCUUAUUGAUGGGUUUGGGAAGGUGGGGAAAGUUGAUGAAGCCUAUUUGAUAAUGGAUGAAAUGAUGCAGCAAGGUUUGAUGCCUAAUGUUUAUACAUGGAAUUGCAUGCUUGAUGCUCUUGUGAAAGCAAGAGAAAUUAAUGAAGCCAUAGUCUGUUUUCAGAAAAUGAAGGACUUGAAUUGUGCUCCCAAUCUUUUCACUUAUAGCAUUCUCAUAAAUGGUCUUUGUGGAAUCAGGAAAUUCAAUAAGGCUUUUGUGUACUGGCAAGAGAUGCAGAAACUGGGGAUAAAACCCAAUGCCGUUGUGUACACCACCAUGAUCUCUGGACUCGCGAAGGCUGGGAACAUAACAGACGCUACUGAGCUUUUCAAGAGGUUUAAGGCCAGUGGUGGGAUACCUGAUUCUGCUAGCUAUAAUAAUAUGAUAACAGGGUUAAGCAAUGCAGAUAAAGCAAUGGAUGCAUAUUCACUUUUUGAGGAAACACGGUUGAAAGGUUUUGAAAUUCAUGCCAAAACUCUUGUUAUUUUGUUAGGUGCAUUGAACAAGGCUGGAUGCAUCGAGCAGGAAGGUAUUGUGGGUGCUGUUUUGAAAGAAAUGGCCAAGUCUGAACAUGCUUCAAGAUCAUGGCAACUUUGAAGGUUCUCUUCAAUUGAAGUUUCCCUUAUCCUCUCAAGAGACUCCUUGUAUUCCAUUAUUAUUAUAGAUGCAAAUUGUUGUACAAUUGACACAAGUAUCAUAGCGGAGUUUUUCAAUGCCUCCAAAAGAUGGCUGAGGAUUUUGAUGAGGAAAGCUACAAAUUUUGAUAGGGAGAAAGAACUACAGAAUUUCAUUUUUAGCUUGAAUCAUGUUACAUAUACAAUAAUUCUUUUGGCUUUUUAUC